UCUACCCUCUUGGUCGCACGCGUCGUCCUCCCGGCCUCCACUCCACUCCCUCCUUUCCCGCCCACGCCGUCUUCCUCCUCUCUUCCCCCGUUUCCAGCUCCGGUCUAGCUAAAACCCUACCUACCACCAACCCAGUCGCCAUGGCGCCGCAGACGCCUAUCAUACCCCCUGCCGCCUUGGACGGCGACGGCCUUCCUUCUGGAAACCCAACCCAUUCUCCGCCGACCCUACCUUCGACAUGGGCUUCCUCAAGGCAGCCUUCGACGGCGACCUCCGCCUCGUCAAGAGCGGCGAGGGUGCUGGGAGGGGGGCGGAAGGCCGUCGCCUCGCCGAGAAGCUGGGGGCAGUGAGGGACGGCAUAUGCAUAGGCUUACUGCACAUGGCGGCCCUAGGCGGGAGCCUGCCCGUGUGCCGCUACCUGGUCGAGGACAUCCGGCUGGAUGUCGAUGAUGUAGGCCCGAUGGGCGAAACACCUUUGACCUGUGCGAUUAGCCGUCAGAAUGCGUACUUGGUGUGUUACUUUCUCGACCAUGGUGCUGAUACAGAGAAGCUCAACAGCGAGGGCUAUACGCCUCUCCAUUUUGCCACCAAUCAAGGAUACGUUGACAUAGUAGAGCUCUUACUCUCAAAAGGAGCUAACCCUGAUGGACUAAGUCAUGGUGGGACAGCACUGCAUGUUGCUGCUAAUAAUGGGCAUGAUGAUAUUAUUGUGAAGGUUUUGUUGGAUCACCAUGCAGAUCAUAAGAUAGCUUUGAGUGGUACUGAUUCUACAGCUCUUGUUAUUGCUACUGCCGCGUGCUCACUAAAAUGUGUGAAGCUCCUGCUUGAGGCUGGUGCUGAUGUGGAUGGUAUUGGUAAAGAUACACCCUUAAUAAUUGCUGCCCUUGCUGGCUCGACUGACAUCAUUAAGUGCUUAGUUCUGGCUGGUGCAGAUGCUAAUGAUAUUGACAGUUAUGGGCACACUCCUAUAGAAAUUGCUGCACGUUCUGGUAUGCGUGAACAUGUCAAAAUUCUAUUUCCCGUCACUUCUCGUAUUCCUAAAGUACGUGACUGGAGUGUUGAUGGAAUCAUUGGUAAUGUAAAAUCAGUGCCCUCAUCAAAGAAAACUAUGCUUGCUAGUGCAAAAUCUAAAGCACAUGAGGCAUUCAAGAAUGGGAAACAUCUUAUUGCAGCAAGAAUUUAUGGAGAGGCAAUGGAGCUCGACCCUUUUAAUGCGACCUUGCGCUCAAACAGUAGCCUAUGCUGGAUUCGCUUCGGUUAUGGGACGCAGGCCCUGAAGGACGCUCAAGCUUGCAGGAUGAUGCGACCUGGCUGGGCCAAGGGCUGCCACCGCGAAGGAACUGCUCUGAUGCUACUGAAGGACUAUGAAAAGGCAUGUGGUGCAUUUCUUGAUGGUCUUAAGUUGGAGCCUGGGAACGUCGAGAUGGAAGACGGGUUACGGUAUCCUCUUUGUUCCUGUUGGCUACAUUUUAUACUUACUGUGAUAACCAUGGAUGGUCAAUGAUGUUUCUUCCUUGUUGCGGUGAUCUUUCAGUUAGAACAGCCUGCCCCGUAGACACCAUACUUAACUUACUUAGAGUUGGAACUGAACUGAAAUAUGCAGGGAGGCCUUGGAGUCCAUGAAGAUAUGUGGCAAAAAGAAAAGGGGUUAGCUGGCCUAGCUGGACCAGCACCCGCGAUUACUGCAAAUAGAAGUAGAUGCCAGAUAUAUACUCUUACCAGAAACUUGUACGCAUGCACUUGAUUUGGUCCACUCACUGAAGAAACGGAGGUGUCUUAGUUUGGCUG